AUGAGUUUGGCAUCAAGAACAAAUACUUUCGGUCUUAAAGGUAGAGCUUUAAGACACACCAUUACAGCAACUGCUGUUACUGGUUUUUCAUUAUUCGGUUAUGAUCAAGGGUUAAUGUCAGGUAUUAUUACUGCUGCCCCUUUCAACUACGAAUUUCCAGCCACUUAUAACAACACUGUCAACCAGGGUGCGGUUACGUCAUGUUACGAAUUAGGAUGUUUUUUCGGUGCUCUUUUCGCUUUAAUGAAAGGUGACAGAUAUGGUAGAAGACCAUUAAUUUUAGCUGGUUCUAUUAUCAUUAUUUUAGGUACCGUUAUUUCAGUUUGUGCAUUUAGAGAUUCUUGGGGUACUGGUCAAUUCGUCAUUGGUAGAGUUAUCACUGGUGUUGGUAAUGGUUUAAACACUGCUACCAUCCCAGUUUGGCAAUCAGAAAUGUCAAAAGCCGAAAACAGAGGUAGAUUAGUUUGUUUAGAAGGUGCUGUUAUUGCUUUUGGUACUUUAAUUGCUUAUUGGUUAGAUUUUGGUUUAAGUUAUGUUGAUUCUUCAGUUUCAUGGAGAUUCCCAGUUGCUUUCCAAAUCUUUUUCGCCCUUAUCUUAUUAAUUGGUAUAAUCAAUUUACCAGAAUCUCCAAGAUGGUUAGUCGCUCAUGAUAAAAAACCUGAAGCUAUGGAAAUCUUAGGUAAAUUAGAUGAAGAAAGUCCAGAUUCUGAUUAUGUUGUUGCUGAAAUUUCCGUUAUUACUGAUGCUAUCAACAGAUUCGACAAAGCUCAAGUUGGUCUUAAAGAAUUAUUCACCCACGGUAAAUCUCAACAUUUCCAAAGAAUGAUGUUGGGGGUUGCUGGUCAAUUCUGGCAACAAUUUGGUGGUUGUAAUGCUGCUAUUUACUAUUCAACUGUUUUAUUCGAAAAUACUAUUGGUUUAGAAAGAAGAUUAUCAUUAGUCUUAGGUGGUGUUUUCGCUACUAUUUAUGCUUUAUCCACUAUCCCAUCAUUCUUCAUGGUUGAUACUGUUGGUAGAAGAACUCUAUUCUUGGUUGGUUCUGCUGGUCAAGGUAUUUCUUUCUUGAUUUCCUUUGCUUGUUUAGUUCAUCCAACUACUCAAAACGCUAAAGGUGCUGCUGUUGGUAUUUUCUUAUUCAUUGUUUUCUUUGCUUUCACCUUAUUACCAUUACCAUGGAUUUACCCACCAGAAAUUAACCCAAUGAGAACCAGAACUAUCGGUGCUUCCAUUUCUACUUGUACUAACUGGAUCUGUAAUUUCGCUGUUGUUAUGUUUACUCCAGUUUUCAUCGGUAAAUCAGAUUGGGGUUGUUACUUAUUCUUCGCUGCUAUGAAUUUCUUGUUCAUCCCAAUUGUCUUCUUCUUCUACCCAGAAACUGCUGGUAGAACCUUAGAAGAAAUUGAUAUCAUUUUCGCUAAAGCUCAUGUCGAAGGAAGACAACCAUGGAGAGUUGCUGCUACCUUACCAAAAUUAUCAUUGGCUGAAAUUGAAGAACAAGGUAAUGCCUUAGGACUUUAUGAUGGUGAUUUCGAAAAGGAAAACGCUGAAACUAAAGAAGAAGUUGAUUCCGAUGUCAAAUCAGGUGAAAACGAUUCUAAUGGUCCUUUACAACCUGUUGAUCAAGUUUAG